AAUAAUAAUAUUAGUUGUAGUAAUAUUAAUAGUAUUAAUAAUAAUAAUAAUAGUAAUAAUAAUAAAAUUAGAAGUGAAGAUUCGAGAGAUUUAAUGAAUCAGAAGGUCUUUAUGCUGGCACUUGGGCUGAAUUACGUACCCCGAGAAAUAGCAAACGCUGAAAAUGAAGAACCUCUUGAUUUGAUGAUAACCGAUAGCAACGCGAACAACAACUGCAAAGUAGACAACAGUCUCAAUGAUAACGGUCGCGACGACAAUCAAGAUUCUGACAUAACUUCAUCGUCGUUAACGUCAGUGGCUACAGCAGCAGCAGCAGCAGCAACUUCAACAUCGUCUUCAAGAUUUCUACCAGUCGAAAAGCAUUUUAGCUGCGCACUCUGCAGCCAGUGGUUCACUACGAAAGCUAACUGCGAGCGACAUCUGAAAAGUUCGUAUUCGGACUCGCCGCAUAAACUCAUGUGCUGUUACUGUCCCAGAACCUUUCCGUGGGCUAGUUCAUUGGGUAGGCAUCUUCUCACACAUAUAGGCGAAAAGCCGUACACGUGUGACAUAUGCGAUGUUGGAUUUUCGACGAAGUCCAACAGAGGUCGUCACAUGCUAAGGAAGCACCACUGCCAGAAUUGUGGACUGGAAUUUAAGUGUCGCAAGGUUCUAUUGCGCCAUCUGAAAGAACACAACAUCGACCUGCCAUACAAAUGCUACCUCUGUGACGCCUCCUACCAACAUAGGAUCGAUAGUCUUCUUCAUAAGGGCGAUUACGCUCAGCGCAAGGUCUUCUGCACCUUCUGCCCCAAGAGGUUUUGGUCGUUGCAGGACUUAAGGAGGCACAUGAGGUCACAUACAGGUGAACGACCAUUCGAAUGUGACCUUUGCUCUGCCCGGUUCACCCUGAAACACAGCAUGAUGAGGCAUAGACGCAGACACGGCGGACCACAGCAUCCGGAAGAAGAAGAGGAGGAAGAGGAUGAAACCGAAAGCGGAAGUAGAGAAACAGAAAGCGGAUGCGGGGAAAAUUAUAAAGAUGAUAACGAACACGAACGCCUGAUCGACUACUUUGUGAACGAGGUUGCUAAAAGUCAAGAUGCUGCUCCUGAUGAUGAUGACGCUGGCGAUAACUUUUCUCAGAACAAAGAAACUGAAAUAGGUGACGACGACGUCCAUUAUGACAAUCGUCAUCACGUGAUUAACUUAUCCACAACCAAAGAUUCUGAAACUCCUCUUGGUAAUUAA